AUGCUUGUGGACAGCUACAUCGACCUCUUUGAGAACGCCAACAAGCGCCACGCCCUGUUGGAGAAACUCGAGAAAGAGGUGAAACAACAGCUCCGCCAAGUGGAAACCGAACGUGUCAAAUUGAGACAGGUGCUCCUGGAGAUUCGCCGCACCAAGGAUGCCAACAAAAUCGAGGAACGCCAGUUGGUGGCCAUAAACGACCUGCUUAAAGACUUUGAGCGUACCGCUCACCAAUUGGUGGCUGAAGAUGAGGAGAGACUGGUUUCUCAGAGAGUGGGGGUAGAACCAGUGGACCUGCCGCAACGGCUAUUUGAGCUUAUCGAUAGAGUGGUGCCAGCGAAACCUACUCUCCCUCAAGUGACGACGACUAUACCAGCAACUCUAGACGAGCUGACGACGUUUAUUAUGGACGAUGAACCUGAAGCUAAGAUAGAGGAUACAAGACUGGAGGUGGAGAGAUACUGUCCCUGGCUAUACAUCCUGAAACCUCCUCAAUUAGUGGAGAACCUUGAGUUUACAGUACCACCGCCAGCUACAGUGUCCAUCUCUUCAACCAUUGACCCGUCGCUAGCGCUGAAGCUUGCUCAGAUUCAAGUCAGUUAUAUUGCUAACCACGUCCCCUGGGACCAGUGGGGAGUACUUCUUGUAAACUACUUACAAGACGAAGCCCUCGACGCCUACCUCGACUACUACCACACUCGCAGCGACUCGAUGCUGUGGAGCGACGUGCUAUUCCUUUUCUUCGCCGAUAAGGACUUAUACAAAGCUGAUGCUGACGCCAUCAACCGCUGGUGUAAGAUGGCCCCGGAGCCGCAAGAGCUGUCGUUAUCGUUUAUUACGCGGUUUAAACACGCCGUGAACCAGCUGGCACCGUUCCCCGGACGCCUAGACGUCGAGAAGGCUCUCCUCGUCCUGCAACUCGACCUCCCUUACGAGGUCACCCACCAAUUACAGACAAUCACCGACCGCCACCAAUUCUACAGCGUGGUGACAAAACGGCUCCGUUAG